GAGGACCUGAAAACGUUCCAACCCGACCUCUGACCCGCUGACUUUGCGGAUCGAAAUGCUCCUUUCUUCUGUGUUCGUACUUCUGGGGCUGCUGGCUGGUUUCCUGCCCGCGGUGGGGACGGUGCUGGAGCUAGGGGCCAAACCCGGUUCUGAUCAAUCCCCACUGGUGGACACUCCACUCUCAGCAUCGGGUUCCAACUGCUCCCAGUUGACCCUCAAACUGGAGUUUUCCUCUGAGGUGGUGGAACACGAGUACAUCGUAACGUUUACAGGGUAUUUCUCAGCCAAAGCCCGGAGUCUGUACAUCAGCAGCGCCUUGAGGAGCGCCGGAGACACCGGCCUGGCGUGGCACAUCGUUCCCCGGAUAAACCCGGCCUCGGACUUCCCCAGCGACUUCGAGCUGGUCCACAUCCUCCAGGCUUCACCCAGCAGCCUGCUGACCUUAGAGGACCACCCUUACAUCAAGAGGGUGACGCCGCAGCGCAAAGUUUUCCGCUCCCUCAAAUACACCGCCUCUCCUGAACCUGCAGCACCCUGCAGCCCCGCACCUGAAACUCCAAAAUGGCAGUCGUGGCAAUCGUCCCGCCCCUUCAGGCGAACCAGCCUCUCUCUGGGCUCGGGAUUCUGGCACGCCACCGGACGCCACUCCAGCCGACGCUUGCUGCGGGCCAUCCCCCGCCACGUGGCCCAGAUCCUGCAGGCGGAUGUCCUCUGGCAGAUGGGACACACCGGUUCUGGAGUGAAGGUGGCAGUUUUUGAUACGGGUCUGAGUGAGAAGCAUCCGCAUUUUAGGAACGUGAAGGAGAGAACCAACUGGACCAACGAGAAGACCCUGGAUGAUGGCCUGGGCCAUGGGACGUUUGUCGCAGGAGUUAUAGCCAGCACGAGGGAGUGUCAGGGCUUCGCUCCGGAUUCAGAGCUCCACAUCUUCAGAGUGUUCACCAACAACCAGGUUUCGUACACCUCCUGGUUCCUGGAUGCUUUUAACUACGCCAUCCUGAAGAAAAUCGACGUUCUGAACCUCAGCAUCGGGGGACCGGACUUCAUGGACCAUCCUUUUGUGGAUAAGGUGUGGGAACUGACUGCCAACAAGGUGAUCAUGGUUUCUGCUAUCGGCAACGAUGGACCUCUGUACGGCACCCUCAACAAUCCAGCGGACCAGAUGGAUGUGAUUGGAGUUGGAGGCAUUGACUUUGAGGACAACAUUGCUCGAUUUUCCUCCAGAGGCAUGACCACCUGGGAGCUGCCGGGGGGCUACGGCAGAGUGAAGCCCGAUAUUGUCACCUACGGUUCCGGCGUUCGAGGCUCAGGAUUGAAGGAGGGGUGUCGUUCUUUGUCUGGGACCAGUGUGGCUUCACCUGUGGUCGCUGGUGCAGUCACCCUUCUGGCCAGCACCGUCCUGAACCGGGAGCUGGUGAACCCCGCCUCCAUGAAGCAGGCUCUGAUCGCCUCGGCCCGCAGGCUGCCCGGGGUCAACAUGUUCGAGCAGGGCCACGGGAAACUAGACCUGAUCCGAGCCUAUCAGAUCCUCAACAGCUACAGACCUCAGGCCAGCCUUUCUCCAAGCUACAUCGACCUGACGGAGUGUCCGUACAUGUGGCCUUACUGCUCUCAGCCCAUCUACUAUGGGGGAAUGCCCACCAUCGUCAACGUGACCAUUCUCAACGGCAUGGGGGUCACCGGCAGGAUUGUUGACAAGCCCGUCUGGCAGCCGUACCUCCCGCAGAAUGGCGACCACAUCGACGUGGCUGUCUCGUACUCACCUGUGCUGUGGCCGUGGGCCGGUUACCUGGCUGUGUCCAUCUCUGUGGCCAAGAAAGCUGCAUCAUGGGAAGGAAUCGCUCAGGGUCACAUCAUGGUCACGGUGGCAUCGCCUGCAGAGAAUGAUUCGGAGGUGGGACAGGAGCUGACAUCCACCGUCAAACUGCCCAUUAAGGUAAAAAUCAUUCCCACCCCUCCUCGCAGUAAGAGGGUGUUGUGGGACCAGUAUCACAACCUACGCUACCCACCGGGCUACUUUCCCCGGGACAACCUCAGGAUGAAGAACGACCCCCUUGACUGGAACGGGGACCACAUCCACACCAACUUCAGGGACAUGUACCAGCAUCUGAGGAGCAUGGGUUACUUUGUUGAAGUGCUGGGAGCACCAAUCACAUGCUUUGAUGCCAGCCAGUAUGGCACGCUGCUGAUGGUGGACAGUGAGGAGGAAUAUUUCCCUGAAGAGAUCACCAAGCUGAGGAGAGACAUUGACAACGGCCUGUCGCUCAUCGUCUUCAGCGACUGGUACAACACCUCCGUGAUGAGGAAGGUCAAGUUCUACGACGAAAACACCAGGCAGUGGUGGAUGCCGGACACGGGGGGCGCUAACGUGCCAGCUCUGAACGACCUGAUCUCGGUGUGGGGAAUGGCUUUCAGCGACGGUCUGUACGAGGGAGACUUCACCCUCGCUGAUCACGACAUGUACUACGCCUCUGGCUGCAGCAUCGCUCGUUUCCCAGAAGAUGGGAUUGUGAUUGCCAAGAACCUGAAGGAUCAAGGUCUGGAAGUGCUAAAGCAGGAGACCGCCGUGGUGGAGGGAGUUCCCAUCCUGGGACUGUACCAAACGCGGUCAGAUGGGGGGGGUCGGAUCGCUCUGUAUGGAGACUCUAACUGUAUAGAUGACAGCCACAGGCAGAAAGACUGUUUCUGGCUUCUGGACGCUCUGCUGCAGUACACUUCCUACAGUAUGACCCCUCCCAGCCUCAGCCACUCCCACAGCAGAGUAGCACCCCCUACAGGUGCAGAGAGCCCACUGCCACAGAGACUGGAAGGAAACCAUCUGUACCGCUACUCUAAGGUUCUGGAGGCUCACCUGGGAGACCCAAAGCCACGCCCCCUGCCAGCAUGCCCCCACCUGUCUUGGGCAAAACCACAGCCACUCAAUGAGACGGCCCCCAGUAACCUGUGGAAGCACCAGAAGCUUCUGUCGGUGGAUCUGGAAAAAGUAGCUCUGCCCAACAUGAAGUCCUACCGUCCCCAGGUCCGACCCCUGUCUCCCGGGGAGAGCGGGGCCUGGGACAUCCCUGGAGGGAUCAUGCCGGGUCGUUACAACCAAGAAGUGGGUCAGACCAUCCCGGUCUUUGCCUUCCUGGGAGCCAUGGUCGUCCUGUCCUUCUUUGUGGUCCAGCUCACUAAAGCCAAGAGCAAACCGAAGCGCAGGAAGCCUCGCAUCAAACGGCCCACCUACCUGCAGCAGCAGACCGCCACGGCUGGGAAAAACCCCACGGUGUGAAGGCACCAACACUGGACUCAACCUCAGAACCGAGACGGUAAUGGGGACAAAUCAGGUGGAGCUGGACUGUUGGAUCUGACAUGGGACGGCUUUUUUUAACCCUGCUGGACGUGUCCUGGAGACAUUUUUGUGCCUCUUGUUUGUGUUUGUGUGGACCAGUGGACAGUAUUAGACAAACGUAUGACAUCAAACACACACCCGGCCUGGAAACGGGUCACAUUCGGUCCGAGUAGACAUGGUGUUGACAUUUCCUUUCUGCUCUUUGACCAAAAGGUUUCGUCAUGAAUUAUCUUUUUAUAUUUAUUACAUUUUUGUUCCCGCCCUAACUGAAGACACACUUUCAGAAUCAUGCAGAAACUUCCAGCAUGAGGACGAUAAAAUUAUCCGUGCCUGGUUUUCUACGUCCGGCCCACACGAGUCAAAUCAUUUUUUGUUGUUUUUAUACUUUAUAUGAUGAAAGAACUCUGACCAGGUUUUCUGUCCA